UCUGCACUGAUUCCACACACCUGUUUGUGUCAGUCAAAGGACAAGUUAUGCAGAACUUUAGACGGGUAUGACAAUAACAGUGAUAGGAAGUCAUACAACGGCAUGACACGAUGGGAAGUGUAAUACAUCUUUUGACGGUGUCGUUUAUUAUUUUAUUUUCUCAAGAAUGUUUGGGCAGGAAUGAAGAGGAGCGUCUCAUCAACCAUCUAUUCAAGGAGCGUGGCUAUAACAAAGAGCUUCGACCAGUACAACAUAAAGACGAAACUGUAGAUAUUUACUUGUCAUUGAUGCUCUCUAAUCUCAUUUCCUUGAAAGAAGUUGAAGAAACAUUACUAACAAAUGUGUGGAUGGAACAUGGCUGGACCGAUUAUAGACUUGCAUGGAACAAAUCUGAGUUUGAUAACAUUCCUGUCCUGCGCCUGCCCCCCAGUAUGGUGUGGUUGCCAGAGAUUGUUCUUGAAAACAACAAUGAUGCCCAGUUCAAGGUCGCCUACUACUGUAAUGUGUUGAUCUACCCCAGUGGAAGUGUGUACUGGUUACCUCCAGCUAUAUUUCGGAGCUCCUGUUCGAUAAACGUCAACUACUUUCCAUUUGAUUGGCAGAACUGCUCUCUGAAGUUCAGCUCAUUAACUUACAAUGCCAAGGAGAUUAGUUUACAUCUGAAAGAGGAGGAAGAGGAUGGCAAGUCCUACAAGGUUGAAUGGAUCAUUAUUGAUCCUGAGGGAUUCACAGAAAAUGGCGAGUGGGAGAUUGUUCACAUGCCUGCCAAGAGAAACACUUAUAAAAACAUCCCAAUGGAGAGCAACAAGCACCAGGAUAUCACCUUUUACCUCAUCAUUAAACGAAAACCGCUGUUCUACGUUGUAAACAUAAUCAUUCCUUGCGUGCUCAUCUCCUUUUUGGCUUCGCUCGUCUACUACCUGCCUGCAGACAGUGGUGAAAAGAUGACACUGUCCAUCUCUGUGCUUCUGGCUCAAUCUGUGUUUCUGCUGCUGAUUUCACAGCGUCUGCCUGAGACCUCUAUGGCAGUUCCCUUAAUUGUCAAGUAUCUGAUGUUUAUCAUGGUACUGGUCACUGUGGUAGUGUUAAAUUGUGUCAUUGUUCUGAACCUUCACUUCCGGACUCCGAGCACCCAUGUCAUGACAGAAUGGACCAAAGAGUUCUUUUUGGAGCGUCUGCCACGUCUUCUGCACAUGUCCCGUCCGGCAGAUGACAAGCCCAAACUGGAGGGAGCAUUACCACGGCGUUCCAGCUCCCUGGGUUAUAUCGCUCAGGCCGAGGAAUACUACAGCGUUAAAUCCCGCAGUGAGCUGAUGUUUGAGAAACAGUCGGAGAGGCAUGGCCUAAGCACCCGUCCCACCCCCAAAGCCACUUACACAUCCAGUAACGACUCUGAGGUGAAUGAACAGCUGUAUAAUGAGAUGAAGCCAGCUGUGGAGGGAGCCAAUUAUAUCGUUAAGCACAUGCACGACAAAAACGACUAUAAUGAGGAAAAGGACAACUGGAGUGGUAUUGCAAGGACUGUGGACCGACUCUGCUUCUAUUUGGUGACUCCAGUCAUGACAUUAGGAACCAUCUGCAUCUUCUUGAUGGGGAACCUAAACCAGCCACCAGCGCUGCCCUUCCAGGGUGACACCUUCACCUACAAAGUAGAAAACAAACGCUUUUCAUGACCACUUUACACCAUAUACAGUAGCUGUGGUAGUUUUUCAAUGAUAGCUGCAGUACUCAGAGAAAUAUAAUGGUAUUCUGACCGCAAUAUAAAGCAUGAGACUAGUUUUUGCAUAAAUGUAUCUCCAUUUAGGCUGUUUAUGCAGGUUUGAUUACUAACAUUAUGUAUGUUCUUUAAUAAGUGUGCUAAAUAAACUUCUCUGAGAAAGGGAUACAAAAUAA